AUGGAUCUUUCAGACAAUAAAAAUGAUAAACGCCAUUCAACAAUUAGUAGUAGAAGUCACAGUAUUAUUGUUGAUCGUCCGAUUAUAACACAAAAAUCAUUUAAUCAAGUAUUUAUUCCGACGACAUAUGAAGAUCGGACGCCGGUUAUUUUAUUUCGCGAAAUGCGUACAUACGUACGGAGUAAAUGUGUGCCUUCAAAACAAUGUGGUAAAUCAUAUAUAAAAACACUUUUUCCGUUUUUAUCAUGGUUAAAAAUUUAUCAAAUUGAUUGGUUACCACAUGAUAUUAUUUGUGGAAUUACGAUUGCCAUCAUGCAAAUUCCACAAGGAAUGGGUUAUGCUUUAUUAGCUCGUUUACCGGCAAUUACUGGUAACCGAUGUUGUUUAUAA